CAAGAUAUAAAGGCAAGAAGUUAGUGACGGUCACAUUAUCGAAAAGAAGCGCCAGGUGGUCGGGUUGCUCGCCUGAUAGGUUUAUUUACUUUGCACUCAUUGAGAAGCAGACGCUUUAUACAUCACGCCAACUCUGAUCAUGAGGAUGCGGCGUUUCGUGGUACUGGUAUCGGUGUGCGUGCUGGGCGCACUAGCUGUGACGGACGCGGUAACUCGGUGCUCGCGUGUGCCGCCCGGCCUGAACCACAUGAAGAGAGGUAUUGACAUCACCACACUCGACUUCAUGCCCGUUGACCCUGGAGCCGGGAACGGAUUCAGAUCGCCUCUCUUCGACUUCACCUGUGACUUUGCCAUGAAGUGGACAAAUCCUCACAAUGGGAUCGAGUACGAACAGCCAGACCAAGUGGAAGAUAUGGUCAGUAUACCAGGCGGCGUUGUUAAUGGUGACGUAAAGAUCUUCAAGACGGCCUCUGACGUCACAAAUACCAUGUCUGGAUCUGCUGGGAUGGGUUUCUUGAAUGGCAUGUUCUCCGCUAGCGGCUCAUACGACGAGAUGAAACGCACGAUAACCAAUAGCUCAUCGUACAUCGAGCAGGUGACUGCUUUCCAUACAGCGAUCAGAGCUGAUCUGGCCCCCUACUGGGCAAUCCAGUUAGGAAGGUACGCUGAAAUAUUUAUCGAUCGGCGCCUACCAGCGACAUUCGAGGAGGGGCCGGAGGUGUACCAGGAAUUUAUCAACCAUUACGGAACACAUUACUUCAGUCAUGGCAAAUAUGGAGGCCUACUGCUCUACAGGAUGACAACAGAUAUCACUGCCUUCCAGCAGCUUGGCGAGAAGAAGGUGGAAGCCGAAGCGAAAGGGUCUUUCUUUAACCUACUCAAAGCGAAUGGGGCCUACACCGGUACCACGCAUCGAGUCGACUCCACCUUUUCAUCCAAGACCACAGUCACAAUCAGGUAUUAUGGCGGCCAUCACAACCCAAGUUACAACGUGUGGUACACGAGCGUCAAGAACAAUCCAUGGCUGUUUGGGGGUCAGCUCGCCCCGAUUACAAACCUCAUCUCAGACGCUGGCAAGAAAGCUGCCAUGAUGAAAGCCGUAACUGUUCAUAUGGACAAAGCUUUCCUUCGAGAUAUACAGAGCGAUAUCUACACAAUGUUAGCGAAAGUAAGCGAUGCUGGAUUGAAGGGGGUCCUGCAGGCCAAGCUGGCAGAGAUCGUUACCCUACUGCGGUCAACGGUUCCCAACAAUGCGGCGGUUGUUGCUCUUGGCAGGGAGUUGGAGAUCCCUUCGUGGUUCACUCUGAAGACCAAGUUGUGUUACAAGUGGUAUGCUGACGGCGACGGUGGUCAGUGCGGCGGCGGCGUAGGCACUCUCCUCUGUGCGAAUGUGAACGGGAUGACGCAAUACUACAGAGACGACACGGACCGGAGGGGAGGCGGCUGCAAGAUGAGCUGGGGCAUCCAGUCGACACUCUACCCGCCCUGGUUCAGACAGGUUCAGGUCUGUUUCAGGUGGUACCCAGACGGUGAUGGCGGUCAAUGCGGAGGGGGCGCCGCGAGGAACCUCUGUGCCCCUAUCGGCAGUUACACUCCCUUCUACCGCGACGAUACAGACCGACGAGGUGGCGGAUGUAGGAUGUCUUGGCGAAUCGUUGUCCCGGUCAGCGCCCCCUUGUGGAUGAAGACGACACGACUGUGUUAUGAAUGGUACCCUGAUGGUGACGGUGGUCAGUGCGGGGUGUCGGGUACCCCGCGGAGUAUGUGCGCCCUGGCGAACUCUUGGACUCCCUAUUACCGAGACGACACCGACAGGCGGGGAGGCGGAUGCAAGAUGAGAUGGGGAAUUAAAAUCUGAGCCUCAUAAACUGAUGGACGCACAAAACCAGUGUGUGAACGUAUCCGAGGACUUUCUCUCAGUGACGCAUUCCAUUGUAGUGUAAUUAUUGGCAUGGUGAACUUUUAUUCUUUGUCUUUUUGAAAAUAAUGUACACUCUUGUAGGAAAGUAAAAGAACACCUGAAUUAUCAGUAAGUAAUUGGAUAUUUUGGUCUCAUAAACAUGGCAUAUAUAUUGUCCGAACAUGUUGUUUCAACGAUCGCAUGUCGAAAUAAUAGUUUCGAGUAAAAUAUCAUGAAAUAUCACAAUUACAUCAUAUCAAAAAAAUGUAUAAUUUUGAAAUUUUGAAAUUUUAAGUUCAAAAUUCUAACUGUCUUAUAAAAUGCACAAUUCUAAGACUUCCUGUGAAAAAACAAAACAAACUCUUAUAUCAAAAUGUCACCAGUUUCUGAGAUUUGAGAUUUUGGAGAAUUUUGGAGAAUUUUCUCGAAAUUUUUGUUUCAUAUUUUGAUUCUUUUUAUGAUAAGACUAUGAUUCAUGCCAGCCUUCACUGAUGCUCUGUUCACCUCAUACGAUUAAAAUCAGGAAGUAGAUAAGCGCUCCACACUUGGCAUUUUCUUUUGAUGAUAUUUUAAUCUUAAAGUGAAAUGAGAUUUUCAUUUAGUGAAAGUAAAAUGAGAUUUUAAUGUUUUCACAGGAAGUCUAAGAAUUGAUCAGUUCAUAAAAUUGUUCUUAUUUGGAAGCGGGCAUUUCAUGAAAUUAAAAAUUAUAUUUUUUCUUGAUAUUUUGAAAUUGUGAUAUUUUCAUGAUACUGAUUAAAAACUAUUACUCUGGCAUGGGAGCGUUGAAACAACAAGUUAAAGAAAUACAUGACACGUAUAUGAGAUGGAAAUAUCCAAAUUCCUCCGAGAUGAUGUCAUUACUUUCCUACAAGAGUGCACAAGUAAUGUAAAUACAUGUUUGUAGUAAAGUGCACAUUAAUGUACAUACAUGUUUAUAGUAGAGUGCACAUGUAAUGUACAUACAUGUUUACAGUAAAAUGCACAUGUAAUGUACAUACAUGUUUAUAGUAAAAUGCACAUGUAAUGUACAUACAUGUUUAUAGUAAAGUGCACAUGUAAUGUACAUACAUGUUUACAGUAAAAUGCACAUGUAAUGUACAUACAUGUUUAUAGUAAAAUGCACAUGUAAUGUACAUACAUGUUUAUAGUAAAGUGCACAUGUAAUGUA